UAACAAAAUAUAUAACAAAACCAAAAUAAAACUAAAAAAUAUGUGAAAAAUAAAUACAUGAAAUCGAAUCAAAUUAGAACAUAAUACCUAAUAAGAGGUAGAACUUCGAUAUAAUGCAUUCCUAAUCAAGUGAAAACGGUGUAUGGGGAGGGUUGAAGGGCGGCAUGCACAUACUAAAAGUGAAAACUCCACCUUCCGGAGGUUUAUGGUUUAAGAGUAGCAAAAUUCAUCAACUAUUGCGCCCAUUUUAGUUGUUUCUAAUCUCAAAUGUAAUGUGGUGAAGAAGAGGAGGAAUAAAGAAGAAAAAUUGUUGAUUACAGAAGGUGAAAUACAAUCAAGUGAAACAAAAUAAACAAAUCCUCUGCUCAAAACCUUGAAAGAGAAACUAAACAAUUAAAACCAACUACAAUUUAGUAAAACUGGAAAAUUCACUCAACACUAAAUUUGAACGUGACUUUAUGAAAGCAGUGUUGGCGUCUACUUUCGGCGUCAAAGGAACCUAUUGAGCUAAGGAAACGUUUGGAGGAGGUGCGUCUGCUUGAAUCGCGACGCUCAGCACGCCUGGCCGAUCAAGAACGCGACACGGACUUCGCACGUCUAGCCGAUAUGGGUGGCGAUCGCCGCCGAACAGCAUCACACAGCAUUGAGGUGCCAUUUUCCUUAACGACGCAAAAUAACUCACGCAAACGUCCGCAGCCAUAUAUAAACGAUUGCUUUGGCGGCCAGUGCGGCGACAAGGAAGAUAUGGAAGAAUGCCAUGCAGCAAUGAUUUUAAUGAAGCUCUCCCAUUCACCGAAAAAUGCAGAAAAGUGGUUUGGCUCUAGUCCGGGCAGCUCAUCGUCGUCGGGUAGCUCCUGGAGUUCGGGCUCCUCUUCUCCACCGCUUAGCGACGAUGGCCACGCAGGCCUCAACACAAGCGCCAUAUUGAACGAUGCGAGCGCCCGCAUUCGCACGACAUCAGUGUCCACUUCGGAUGAGGGCAUUGUUGUAGACUUCAAAGAGGAGGCGCCACGCAAAAAGAGGGUAA